AUGGUGAAGGAGGUUGUUAUGGAUAAGCACCAGAAGGUAGCUGCUAAGGCCCAAAAGCCAUUGAACCACAUCAAGUACUGGUGCAUUGAUCGUGUUUACGCCAGGGCUCACUCUCCGAAGUGUGAAUGCUCGCCUCUGCGUCAUGGGCGCCUGGAUCUACGUCUUCGCAACGUCAACUCGUCCAUUGCCGAGCAAACGUUCUCUUGGUUCCGCAACUACGCCUCCUCCUUCAAUACCAAGGCCAUGAACUCGCACAUGCUCUUUGUCCUGGUCUACGUCAAGAGGCACAACCUUCUCAUGCGCCGCAAUUACAUGAAGCACUUGAACGCCUUCAGCGCGAAGGCCGAAAUCGCCAGGGCUGCUCGCGUACUGCGAAAGCCCACUUCCCACAAGUAUGUCUGUCGUCGCCCCGCCUCGUCUACGUCGUCCUCUACCAAGAAAAAUCAUUCCAGCUCCGUCAGGAAGGUCCAUCUGAAAUCCAAGGCUAUGAGGAAGUAG